AUCCAAUGGUUCUCUUUGUCUCUGCAUGUCUGUAGGCGUUGCAGCUGCCAGUCGCCCACAGUGUGCCGAGGCCUGCCGCCGUCCAUCGUCUACAAGUACAUGAGCAUCUCCUCGGAGCGCUCCGUCCCAGCCGACAUCUUCCAGAUCCAGGCCACGAGCGUCUACCCUAACAUGCACAACACCUUCAGGGUCAAGUCUGGCAACGAGGGAGGGGAGUUCUUCCUCAGGCGCUCCAGUAAUGUCAGCGCCAUGCUGGUGAUGACCAAGCCGCUGACCGGACCACGGGAGCACGUGGUCGACCUGGAGAUGGUCACCCACAACAAUGCCCUCAACUACCGCUCCAGCUCUCUGCUCCGGCUCACCAUCAUCGUGGGACCCUAUGCCUUCUAAGUUCCAGUUAUAAAUUGCUCUUAGGCACUGAUCUUAGAUCAGUUUACCUGUCCCCAUAUCUCAUAUUAUCCAUUAGUGGAUAAAAUGCAAAACUACUCAGACCUUUUACUCCCUGCCAGACCUUCACAAGGCCUAACACUCUCUGUACUGCUUGGAUCUAAUAGAGAUAUCCACAUACUCCAUGCAAGGGUUUCCCAUUCCUGGUCCUUGUCCUGUUUUGGCCAGUUUUCAUUCAAAUUGAUGGCUCUAUAAAUUGUGAUUGAAUGUAUAUUGUCUAAUCUGCUGGUUGAGCACUGGACUGGGUGAAAUUGUUUUGUUUUAGCUCAAAGUGUGUAUUCCUUUCUUAGAGAAGGAACUUGCAGUGAAAACCAACACACACACACAGAGCACAUACUGUAGGAGCAGGAGGGUGAAAUAGCCAGGCCACAAAAUAGUCAUUUUAUGCAUCACUGGCUAACGAUAACAUUGUAAGAGCAUAACGUGACUUAAAUUGAACAAAAGUCCUUCUUAUUCAUCCCCUGCUAAAUGUAUGUGUAGUAGGAGUUCUCAUUACAUUCAAAUCUUUGUGAAAUCUCAACCUUAGUCUAGUCAAGAUGUGUUUUCCUGUCGAGAAAUGACCAGUGUUUGAAAUCACACUUGCCCUUUUUUAUCUUUUACCAUAGUUGCCAAGUGAGGUUCACAAUCACAUCGUAUCCCCUUUAAAGAUCACUGAUUUUGUUUGUUUGGAGAGCUUUUCACUUAUGGAGUUGAAAAGAAAUGUACAGAAAUGCAAUGUGAUGUCACUAUAAAUACCAAUUGUCUUUGUUUCAGUUUUCUUGAAGAGAGAUAAUCUCUUGGACGGACUUCGAGUUUCUGACCAAAUUACGUGAGAUUUUAGUUCUGGGUUAACCGAGAUUAGAAGAGAGACAAAGGUACCUAAAACAGUCAAGCUUAUUGGUGAAGUGUGAUUUAUUGGGUUACAAUUGUAGUGCGAGGACAGUGAUGGAACCGUUUGCAAUGUGUUGUAAUCUAAUGGCAUCCUUAACAAAUGGAAAUGUAUGAUCCUAAGACCCCGUCGGAGAGUAGCUCGGCAACCUCUGCCCAUUGGGAAUAAAGCAAUAACGCUUUUGGACGCAAAAAGGAUACUUCUCAGGAAAUCAUUGGCAGUGUUGUUUGGUCAUAUAGGCAGGGGAAUUGUUGCUUAACAUGUCUGUAUGUGUGCCAGAGUGCCUUUUGAUCCUGCACAGCAUUUCCAGUCAACGAUCUGCAACAAACAGUUAGGUCAUUUCAACACAGUGCCUUUCAUAAGGAGUCUUGGUAUCACAAUUUGAGAUAUCUCGGGUUUUUAAGUAGAGGAUUUGGCUCCAUGAGAUUUUUGGAAAUAAAUGUCAUGCUUGACAAUCAACAGGGAAACUCAAUUCAAUCAAAAGUUUUCCACUUCCAAUAACAUGCCAUUUCAACUGUGUAUGUACUAUAUAUAGGUAGGUAGUGUAAUUACAGUAUUGCAUAUCUCUAUGGUUUUAACAGUCAAUUUGAGCAAAUGUCUGUUUGUAAAAAGUGUUAAGGAGGUAACAGUUGUAGACCUACCAUAAAUAACAAUGUGUACCUACACUGUGGUUGCAAUGUACCUGCCUAUAUAAUAUACCCAUAUAACUACCAUGUAGAUACAUAGUUCUGACAACAAUAUUAUGUGGAACCACAUGUGGCUACAUAUCAAUAUGAAAAUUAUUUCUUGGGGUGAUAAUAAAAUGUAAUUAAAGAAUGAAAAUUGCCAAUAAAAAUGUCUUAUGUCUUUAUAGGCAGGAAGUACACUUGUAGCUAUAAUACACUGCUCAAAAAAAUAAAGGCAACACUUAAACAACACAAUGUAACUCC